AUGAGAGUUAGUAUUUUAAAAUAUGUUCUUUUUUCAAUUGUUAUUUGUUCUUUUGAAUAUGCCCAAAAUGAAUUAUACCUUGAAAGGAAUAUAAUAAAUUUUAGAAACAAUAGAGUAUUAGCAUAUGCAGACAAUCAAUUCGAUUUAAAUAGUUUUUAUGAAUCAACUUUGAGUCUUGCAAAUAAACUUAAUGAGUACAAUAAUGAUGAGGAAGAAAUGAUAUCUAUUCAAAAUACUAUAGAUUCGCAUAUAAAGAAGCAUAAAGAAAAUAAUACAUUACCCAAUUUAAAUAAUGUAGAUAAAAAAACGAAAAAGUUAAUUCAUGGACUUCACAAAGAAAUAGAAGAAUUUAAAAAAAAGCUUGAUAAUAAAGGGAAAGGGGAUAGUGAAUUAGCAAUACAGCCGAUACAUGAUAAAAUAAUAAUAAAAAAAGAUGGAAAUAUUUCUGUAUCAAAACAUGAAAACUUUAAACAAUUGGAAAAUUAUGAAAAUAUUUUGGAGAGUAAAAAUUAUAAUUUUAAAGAUAACUAUAAUGAAAUUACAUCGAGUGGAAAUUAUAGGAAAUUAAAAACUAGUCUAGAUAAGAAAAAAUGGAUCAACCAAUUAUUGAAAAGGCUAUUGUUGCUUAUUGGAACUUGUGUAGUGGCGGGAGUGUCAGGAGGGUUCUCCAUAACAUUUUUGAUUUUAAUUACACUGAUUUCAGCUAGCAUAGCUAAGAAAUUGUUGAAACACGUUAAAUUUAAAAUAGAUUAG